AUGUCUACGGUUCACAUCAAGUCGCCGACGGAGUUCCAGACGCUCUUGUCGAGCUCCCGCAUAGUCGUUGCGGACUUCUAUGCAGACUGGUGCGGUCCCUGCAAGGCCAUUGCGCCCCUCUACGAACAGCUCUCGUCGUCGCUGUCCCGCAAGAAUGUCGUAACUUUCGUCAAGAUCGAUGUCGAGGCCCAGAAAGAGAUCGCCUCCGCCUACAACAUUACCUCUCUCCCCACUUUCAUGAUCUUCCGCGAGGGCAAGACCCUUGAAAAGGUUCAAGGUGCCGACCCCCGCAAGCUCCAGGAGGUAGUUAAGAAGUUGGCCAAGGAGGUUUCUGAGGGCGGCUCCGGAUCUGGCGAGGCUUCCGGCAGCUCGGGCGGUGGAUCAUGGAGAGGCGUAGAGCUGCCUCGCGGCUACAGCGACAUUACCGAUCAAGUCGAGGCUAGAGGCUGUGAGCUGCUCAAUGCCGAUGAGGACUUCGGCCCAGUUCGCGUCCUCUUCGACAUGUCGAAGCCCAGUGCGCUGGCCAAGAAGGAGGGUGUGAAGGAUUGGGUUGAGAGUGGCGCCGACGACCAGCUCCUCCUGUUCAUGCCCUUCCAGGCCAUGCUGAAGCUGCACACACUUCAGCUCACCUCUCUUCCUCCUGCCGACGACGACGAGGCCCCGAUGCGCCCUGGUACCAUCCACCUCUACACGAACAAGCCGCACAACCUCGAUUUUAGCGAAGCUGACGAUACCCCUCCCACGCAAGCCAUCGAGCUUACCGAGAAGGACUGGAACGCCGACGGCACCGCCAACAUUGGUCUGCGUUUCGUCAAGUUUCAGAACAUCACCAGCCUGAUCAUCUACGUCACCAAGGGCGACGGCGAAGGCGAGAAGGUCCGCCUCGACCGCGUGCGCCUCAUUGGCGAGUCGGGAGAGAAGAGAGAGAUGGGCAAGCUGGAGAAGAUUGGCGAUGAGGCCGGCGAGUAG